AUGUUGGUCGCGCGACGAGGAGGGCAGGUCCAGUCCGCGACAUUUUCACACGACGGUUUGAUACUGCUCACUGUGUCGCUGGAUGGCGAAGGGAAGCUGUGGUGCCCAGAGAGUGGCCGGCUUCUUUGUGAGCUCAGCGGGCAAGCAGGAGGUGUUUUGUCGGGCGAAUUCUCAGCCGAUAGCAAAUGGAUUACGGGUGCAUCAGAUGAUUGCACCGCCAUAGUCUGGAAUGCCGAGACGGGCAAAUGCUCGCAAGUCCUCUCUGGACAUGAUGACGAUGUUAAGUCAGCUGCCUUCUCUCCGGAUGCCUCACUGGUCGUCACUGCAUCCUGUGACGGAACCGCUGGCCUCUGGAUGGCGGCAGAUGGCAGUAGACUCCGAUCUUUUGUUGGACAUGACGAUGUGGUGAAGUCUGCAAUGUUUUCCUAUGAUGGAAUGCGCAUCAUCACGGCGUCAAUGGACGGAACCGCGCGGGUUUGGAACGUCGAGACUGGUGAGUGCUUGCAGGUUCUGCAGGGCCAUGCCAAGGCUGUCAAUAGUGCAGCUUUCUCACCUGACGACACUUUGUACCUCACUACGUCCUUUGAUGGGACGGUCCGAGUUUGGGAAGCCGGCUCAGGCGAUUGCAAUCUGGUUCUUCAUGCCGAUAACAAAGUCGUGAACAUGGCUCAGUUCUCGCCUGACGGUGCCAUGAUUCUGGUUGCUUCGGGCACUGAAUGUGUCCGCUUGCUGAGUGCGACUACAGGCGAAUGCAUCAUGACCUUAGACGGUCACGAGGAUUGGGUGAGGACAGCUAAUUUCUCGCCCGACGGCAUGCUCAUCGCCUCUGCCUCCUACGAUGGGACAGCCAGGCGAGAGAGGGCUGAAGCGGGUCAAGGCAGCAGAGGGUCUGGAGUUCGAGAACCGGCGAAUGCCUGCAGACCCUUGCUGGCCAUUCGGAGACAGUCAUAUCCGCGGAAAUCAUUGCGGCCUGAGGAAGGUGCGGCAUCCUGUCUGAUCCGGGGAUGCUGUGCUUCAAAUUCACUGCACCUUCUAUCUCUUCCCAUGAGACUCCUGUCAACUAUGGCAAUGUAUGCGACAGAGGUCUCUAGAGACGUCAGGAAUCACACUACCAUGUUUGCAAACUGGAGUCCUUACGAGCCGUUUGCGUCCUUCCUCCAUCUGCUGCAGCGUGGCGUUGAGUAUCCGCGGGCCUCUCAGUGCGCAUCGUGGCAGAACGAGUUCUGUCAGGCAGCGAUCAUGAUGAAGCAGGUGGCGGAACAGCUGGCUGAGAUCCAGCAGCAGCAAAAGGCUUCUGCGCAGACUUUUGCUUUCCUCGCACAUCAGCACGAAGGCUGGCAGGCGGCUCUGGAUUCCAUCCUUGAUCGCAUUGACCGGCUUAACGAGACAGAGGAGCGCAAAUUGGAUUAUCCUCAGAUCACGCGGACGCCGCAGCUUCCCCCGUUAUGUGGGGAUCCAGAUGGCGAGGCCGGCGAGGGCUUGCAAGACCACAUCGCAGCUAAUGCAGCAAGAGGCGUAAAGACACUCCGAGAAAAGAUUGCGGUGAUGGUGCACUCUCAGAUGUUCGAGUAUGCAGCGGGCUUCGUCAUCCUCGCCAACCUAGUUGUCAUCGGGGUAGAGGCUCAGCUUUCGCUUUCCAUGGACUCGGAAUUUCCGGACUUAUCCUGGCCUUGGUGGAUGGAGAGAAUAUUUCUGCUGAUUUACUGUUUCGAGAUCUUUCUCAGAAUCGUCGCCGGCGGUUUCGGUGUUCUUCGGGACGUCUGGUUCCUAAUGGAUCUUGCUCUCGUCAUGACCGGCUGGACGGCUCUCUUGUUCCUGCCGCUGGCAGGUGUCGAUGCGCUGGCCGCCGAAAAACUCCUGAUCGUCCGCGGGCUUCGCCUGCUGCGUCUGGUGAGGGCUCUGCGAAUGAUCAACCACUUCAAGGUGAUCUGGCGACUGGUUUAUGGUCUCUUGACGGCCGGUCAGACAAUCAUUUCGACAACCGCGCUGAUCUUGAUCAGCUUAUUCGUGUGUUCCUGCGUUGCGGUGGAGCUCAUUGGCAAAGAUCGCGAGUUGCUGGAAGAUUCAGUCACGGGCCCGAUCGUGCAGACGUGCCCUGGCAUGAUUCACCACCGGCGACGGAUCAAACAAUUCAUGCUCAUAGCUUCUCACUUUCCUCCCGUGUCACGCACAGAAUCGGUUCACUUCUCUGCAAAUGGAUGUAGUCGUCAAAAGGCAAUAGCAGUAGAAUUGACAGUCAUCAUCUUGUUGUUGUUAUUUGUGUUGUUAUGA